ACAAUAAUAUAUCAACUCUCUUUUGCAGACUGAACAGGUGUGACCUCACAGAGAAGUCCUGUGAAAUUGUGGCCUCUGCUCUUCAGUCAUCAAACUCACCCCUGAGAGAUCUGGACCUCAGCUACAAUAACCUGGGAGAUUCAGGAGCGAAGCUGCUCUGUGCUGGACUGGUGAGUCCAGGCUGUAAACUACAGAGACUGGACCUCAGCUACAAUAACCUGGGAGAUUCAGGAGUGAAGCUGCUCUGUGCUGCACUGAUGAGUCCAAACUGUAAACUACAGACACUGGGACUGAACAGCUGUGGCCUCUCAGAGAAGUCCUGUGAAAUUGUGGCCUCUGCUCUCCAGUCAUCAAACUCACCCCUGAGAGAUCUGGACCUCAGCUACAAUAGCCUGGGAGAUUCAGGAGUGAAGCUGCUCUGUGCUGGACUGAUGAGUCCAAACUGUAAACUACAGAGACUGGGACUAUACAGCUGUGGCCUCUCAGAGAAGUCCUGUGAAAUUGUGGCCUCUGCUCUUCAGUCAUCAAACUCACCCCUGAGAGAUCUGGACCUCAGCUACAAUAGCCUGGGAGAUUCAGGAGUGAAGCUGCUCUGUGCUGGACCGAUGAGUCCAAACUGUAAACUACAGAGACUGGGACUGAACAGCUGUGACCUCACAGAGAAGUCCUGUGAAAUUGUGGCCUCUGCUCUCCAGUCAUCAAACUCACCCCUGAGAGAUCUGGACCUCAGCUACAAUAACCUGGGAGAUUCAGGAGUGAAGCUGCUCUGUGCUGGACUGAUGAGUCCAAACUGUAAACUACAGAGACUGGACCUCAGCCACAAUAACCUGAGAGAUUCAGGAGUGAAGCUGCUCUGUGCUGGACUGAUGAGUCCAGACUGUAAACUACAGAGACUGGACCUCAGCUACAAUAGCCUGGGAGAUUCAGGAGUGAAGCUGCUCUGUGCUGGACUGAUUAGUCCAAACUGUAAACUACAGAGACUGGACCUCAGCUACAAUAGCCUGGGAGAUUCAGGAGUGAAGCUGCUCUGUGCUGGACUGAUGAGUCCAAACUGUAAACUACAGACACUGGGGUGAGUUGUGCUGUGUACUGUGUGACCUUAACUAAAUAGAAUUAGUGAUUAUGGAUCUGUGCAGUGAAAUAUAGGGUUGAACAGAGAGCUGAACCUGAAUAAUCUCUUGUAGUUCACUUUGUUGAUCCCCUUUAUUAAUUUUAAAGACUCAAUCAAAUAACCCUGAGUCUACUUUUACUAAGCUUGAAGAAGUUAAGCAUCUGAAGUCUUUCCUCAAAACUUUUAUCUUUCAUACCAGGAACCAGUUUGGUUUCCCUUCUUUCAGCCUUUUCCAGAUCCUUUUUAUCUUUCUUGUAGU